AACGGCGCCCUUCCAACUGUAAUCAUAAAGGUUAAAUGUGAAACGUGCAGUGCAAGUGAAAAUUUAUGUAUUUUUUGUAAUAUGAGUUUGAUGGAUGAAAGUUUUCCCUCAGAUGAACUCUUCGACGAGUUGAACAACACAGCUAGCAGAUCAAACAGCUUGCAGCGGCAAUACAGCGUUUGCCACAAUAUUCCCACCACAUCAGGAUCGGUAGCAACGGGCAACGAACAUUUCCAGAUUUCCGGAAACAAUGAGACGCCAUUUCUAAACAGCGAUUGCUCGGAGGAAACUUGCGCCAGCGAUCCUGUGGGACUCGGACAUGAUCACGAUCGCGAUGAGGCCAAGAAUGACUUGGGCAACAAUGAGGGGCAACAACUGGGCAGGGCGAGGAACAGCAAAGCGAUAUCCUAUCAGGACAUUCACUCAGCAUACACGAAGCGACGCUAUAAGCAUGUGACCAGCAAGGUGGCAAAAUAUAUUGCCGAAUUGGAUGGCAAAGGCAGCAAGGGAAAAGGCGGACAGUUGGGCAGCAAUGCCAACUCUGCUGGGGCAUUUCAACGGCAUCGUUCGAUGCCCGAAACAUUGACGCCGCGAGACGAUAACGACGAUCGUCACCAUCAGCAGCAUCAGGAGGAAUCCAUGUCUGUGGCAAACAGCAGCGAUACAAACACAGCACAUGCUCGAGACGAAAGUUACGAACGUCUGAUGAAUGAAAAUGACUUUUUGGAUUCACGAAAAAACUUCUUGGAGACAAUGCUGCGCGAAUCUAACGACAAGCUGCAGCGACAGUCUGGCCAUAACAACUACUUGCAGUCGCGACUCUAUAAGGAGAUGGACGAAAACAUUACUCUGCGGAACAACAUUGAUCUGCUUCGCAACGAACUAAUCGAAUACAAGAACAAACAGCAAUGGCAGCAGUCCAAUAAGUUUUUGGCAGGAACACAAACAGGAACAGGAAACGGGCACUCUUUGCACUCUUUCAUGUACUAUCCGAUUGCGGCGAGCAGUGACAACACAGUGGUCACGACGGCCACACAAACCGAUCUGCCAACGCAUCUUUCGCCUCUGUACAAUUUGUCGGACAUGACUGCGAUUGCGGCAACUGCAACACCGCACUUCAAUGCCAAUAUUAAUGACAUCACUUACGAUAGUCGCGAUGGUUCCAUCGAAAUACCAUUGCUCAGUGUGCAGCCCACAACACGACACCGGGACACCAUGAUGACCAAUAACAACAACCACAAUAUGAUGAGACUUGCGUUAAACUUUAGCAAUGACAGCGCUGAAGUGGAUGCCAAUGGCAAUUCUAUCAACAUUAUUGCAAUUCGUAGCGAUGCCAAUGGCAAUCUGUUGCAGCCUAGCAGAUCAUCAAAUCUCAAUGGCAACACAACAACCAACAACUCGGACAGCAGCCAACCUAGUAGCAAUGAUUCUGCCAUCGAGAUUGCGGAACGCCAUGAAGAGAUGCAUUCACCGCAGCCGCGUUUUCGUGGAGAGACAAUCACAUUUCGUCCAGCGGGCAAUUGGAAUCAACGCAAGAUCCUUUAUUUUGAUAAUCACAGUAAUCGUGUCACCGAUCUAAUACCAUUAAAUGUGGUCCAAACGUCCAGCAGUUCCACUGAGAAUGCCCACAAUUCUAACAACUCAAACCAAUCCAUUAUCUUUAGCCACCACACGACAAACACAUUUGGGCGACGUCUGAGGAAAUCGUUCGCAUCCCGUAUUUUGCGAAUCCUUGGACCUUGUGCAAGUUGCGACGAUCCCAAUCAAACUUUGGAUGCAUCCAAUGGCACAUAUAUGGUUGGCAUUCCACUUCUAAACGAAAAUUCUAGUCGUGUAUAAUUUGUAUUUCUUGUUUGCUUACGUUACGCUGGCCGUUUGGAAGAAUAGUUUACGUUUUAUUAUCUCAUCGUUUUUUGAAGAUGAUCCAAAUCGUUUGUAUUCAUUUUUAUGUUUUGUAGUAUUUAUAUGUAUUUAUGCAUUUAUUUAAUUAUUUUAGUUAAUAUUUAAAUGUAGUUUGUUCCUCAAUUUUCUCAAAUACAAGUAUUCUUAUUGCAAUGUACGAGACACUUUGAAUAUUCUGUUUGAAAAAUUGCGCCUUGUUUGUGGUGUGUAUUGAAAUACUUAAAUAUACCAAUGUGUCAAGAUAUUAGUAUAUUCUCCUAUAUACAGCAAAAAGUGUAACCAGCUGGCUAUUAUGCAAGUGAUACCAAUGGCAGUAUUUCGAGAAAUCAAGUUUCGGUUACACUGACUGGCGGUUUCCCAUAGCCAGAAUAAAUAAAAUAUUUGUGCCCUAUGGUCGCUUUUAAUUAGAGGAUGAUAGUACUGUAAGUGCGGCGGCUGUCUAGUGCUCCUCCAGCUGAUAUUCGCCAACAUCGUGGUUCACAACAUACCGUUCAUAUGACGUAGAAGGCGGCGGCGGCGGCGGCGAGUGACGGCGGCAGCAGCAGCGACGCAA